GGGCGAAAUGUCUAAGCAAGCUUGAUAAAUAAUGAUGGAUUUGACAGAGGUUUUUUCUUUCUUUCAUUCCCCUUUUCUUUUCUUUUUUAAUCAAAAACUAACUUAGACGAGCCUUGAGAGCCGGUAAACAUAUAUAUAUUUACGGUACAAACGUAGCAUAUCUCAUAAUAGCUACUGGUGCGUACAGUGUCGUCGUUUGACCUGAUAUUUUGUUUUGCGACCAACUACUAUAAUCCAGUUAGUUACAGUAGCUUACUAAAGUCGGCUAACUUCGGCUAACUUCGGCUGAUUUCGGCUAAUUUCGGCUACAUUGUUAGCCGAGCAGCAAGUGAGUUUGUUUACACGGUACACGACACCUUCAUUCUGGGACUGGUGGAUCACCCUUAAUGCUGAGACAUUACCACCCUCUCCCGAUUCCCUGACUUUCAAACCAACCCUUUGCCCCGGUUCUGUCUCCCCCCUCCUCCUCUCCCUCUCUUCUUUCCCUCCCUGUGAGUGAGUCUGUGUGUGAGCGGUCAUGACGACCAACAAGCCCAAGGGGCAGAACUCUCUGGCCCUCCACAAGGUGAUCAUGGUGGGGAGCGGAGGAGUGGGCAAGUCGGCCCUCACCCUACAGUUCAUGUAUGACGAGUUUGUGGAGGACUACGAGCCCACCAAGGCGGACAGCUACAGGAAGAAGGUGGUAUUGGACGGAGAGGAGGUGCAGAUCGACAUCUUGGACACAGCGGGCCAGGAGGACUAUGCCGCCAUCCGAGACAACUACUUCCGCAGCGGUGAGGGCUUCCUCUGUGUCUUCUCCAUCACCGAGGCCGAGUCGUUCGCCGCCACCGUUGACUUCAGAGAACAAAUCCUGCGAGUGAAGGAGGAUGAGAAUGUUCCCUUCCUCCUGGUGGGUAAUAAGUCAGACCUGGAGGAGCGGAGGCAGGUAAGCGGCGAGGAGGCCAAGGCCCGGGCCGAGCAGUGGGGCGUCAGCUACGUGGAGACCUCCGCCAAGACCCGUGCAAAUGUUGACAAGGUAUUUUUUGACCUGAUGCGUGAGAUCAGAGCCAGAAAAAUGGAGGAUGGCAAAGAGAAGAACGGAAAGAAGAAGAGGAAGAGCCUGGCCAAGAGAAUCAGAGAGCGAUGCUGUAUUUUAUAGUUCAUCGGCUUCCUUCCUUCCCGAGCCCUCCUCACCUUGCCCAUUCCUCUGGGUCGUGUUCAUUUGGUACCAAAUGGAACAAAAUGGACUGAAACAGGGAGGGACUACCUGGACUUGUCUAAUAACAAUUGCUCAUUUUAGCUUUCUGUUGCAAGAAGUUAAAAAUAUCUGUUGCGUUCUGUAAUGAACAUUACCCAGGUUUCCCUCUCAGAAGCCAUGGCCAAGGGAGAGAAAAUUCUGUAUUUUUUAUUUAUUUAUUCUUUUUAAAGGUGAGUUCACUAAAGGGGAGUUUGUCGUCCAAUUAUAGUAAACACUAAAAUGGUAAGACUACAACUAAAACCAAAAAAGGAAUUUGAGGCCACAAAAGACAAGACUUUAUCCCAGGAACAGUAAUGACCCCUCUUAAUUAUCGUUCUGAGAGAUAGUCAGUUUAGGAAAACUUAAAACGAGUGUCUGGCUCUGACAUCUGAGGUAAUGCCACUGGUGUCGCAGUCACAAACAAAAGAUGCUAUCGGAACGCUUACGCAAUGUUUGCAGUGUGAUAGUAAAAUCACUAUAGUCCCUUUUGUAUGGCUCAGUUGGUAGAGCGUGGCUCUUAUUACGCGAGUGUAAGUGGGUUCGAUUUGUUCCGGGACCACCCAUACGCACGCAUGACCAAGUCACUAUGGAUAAAAGCGUCUGCUAAAAAAGGACACAUUUAUUAUAUCUCAUGGCUAAUUUCAAAUGCUGCUACAUUCAAUGUCACUCCGGGAAACUCCACUUCACACAGAAUAGACAUGAAACCUAAGGGUGUUUAAUUGAAAGAUAUUGAAUGGGAUCCCACAGUCAAACUUAAAACUCUCUUGCACUGGAAUGUCUCUCUGCCAUCUGGUUAGUCUGCUGUGAAAUGUGACACUUUGCAUCAUGCUAUACAGGCCAAUGGUUGAGGGGAUUGUACUAUACAGGCCAAUGAUUGAGGGGCUUGUACUAUACAGGCCAAUGGUUGAGGGGCUUAUACUAUACAGGCCAAUGGUUUAGGGGAUUGUACUAUACAGGCCAGUGGUUGAGGGGAUUGUACUAUACAGGCCAGUGGUUGAGGGGAUUGUACUAUACAGGCCAGUGGUUGAGGGGAUUGUACUAUACAGGCCAGUGGUUGAGGGGAUUGUACUAUACAGGCCAGUGGUUGAGGGGAUUGUACUAUACAGGCCAAUGGUUGAGGGAUUGUACUAUACAGGCCAGUGGUUGAGGGGAUUGUACUAUACAGGCCAAUGGUUGAGGGGAUUGUACUAUACAGGCCAAUGGUUGAGGGGAUUGUACUAUACAGGCCAAUGGUUGAGGGGAUUGUACUAUACAGGCCAGUGGUUGAGGGGAUUGUACUAUACAGGCCAGUGGUUGAGGGGAUUGUACUAUACAGGCCAGUGGUUGAGGGGAUUGUACUAUACAGGCCAGUGGUUGAGGGGAUUGUACUAUACAGGCCAGUGGUUGAGGGGAUUGUACUAUACAGGCCAAUGGUUGAGGGGAUUGUACUAUACAGGCCAGUGGUUGAGGGGAUUGUACUAUACAGGCCAGUGGUUGAGGGGAUUGUACUAUACAGGCCAGUGGUUGAGGGGAUUGUACUAUACAGGCCAGUGGUUGAGGGGAUUGUACUAUACAGGCCAGUGGUUGAGGGGAUUGUACUAUACAGGCCAAUGGUUGAGGGGAUUGUACUAUACAGGCCAGUGGUUGAGGGGAUUGUACUAUACAGGCCAGUGGUUGAGGGGAUUGUACUAUACAGGCCAAUGGUUGAGGGGAUUGUACUAUACAGGCCAAUGGUUGAGGGGAUUGUACUAUACAGGCCAGUGGUUGAGGGGAUUGUACUAUACAGGCCAGUGGUUGAGGGGAUUGUACUAAAGAUUACACAAUAGGCUGCUUUCCUGGACAUGUGAAUCCUUAGCCACUAAAAAUGGUUUCAGUUCACACUGAGCCUGCUUUAUUGUCCAGCACUAGGCUUAAUCGGUGUCUGGGAAACCAGGCCGAUAUAGUCAAAUCAAAUGUAUUUAUAUAGCCCUUCGUACAUCAGCUGAUAUCUCAAAGUGCUGUACAGAAACCCAGCCUAAAACCCCAAACAGCAAGCAAUGCAGGUGUAGAAGCACGGGGUAGUCGCCAUCAUUUAAGAGGAUAGUCUUUUGGUGACCACAGUUACAUUGAUAUGCAAAGGAGUAAUGCUUGUAAUCUAAACCAGAGGUUGUUUUUAGAAAAUUGGCAGUGUCUCGUUUUGUCUUUCAGCCUGGCCUAGGUAAUAAAGACUGAAAAUAGAAAGGAGGAAUUUCCAAUGACUCCCUAAUAAAUUAACAGGUGAUAAAAUUAGGCCUGUAAGCACAAAUCGGUGUCCUGGAAAAUGGUUAUGACUGGCUACUUCAGUACAUUACCAUUUAAGACACCAGUACAUUCUGUAACGGCCGAGUCCAUAUUCCACUUGUUUAGAUCCUGCUAUAAAAUGUCAGGAGGAAUGGGCAGGCCCCUCCAUAUAACAUAAAAUGGGAAUCAUUCCAUUGAUUGCAGUUUCAAUCCCGUGGAUUAUGGACUUAAAGCUCAACCCCGGCCCCUUAAAAGAUACGUCCAAUUUCAUUUAGAUGGAUCAUCAUACACCUUUAUCAGAGUAUUCCAUAGCACAUCUAUCCGUGUGUAGAACAUGCAAUUGGAAAAUGUAAUUUAGGUUUCUAUCCCGAGGCACAUCUGUAUCCCUUUAACUAUAGGCAGGGUAGCCUAGUGGUUAGAGCGUUGGACUAGUAAUCGGAAGGUUGAAAGUUCAAACCCCCGAGCUGACAAGGUACAAAUCUGUCGUACUGCCCCCUGAACAGGCAGUUAACCCACUGUUCCUAGGACGUCAUUGAAAAUAAGAAUUUGUUCUUAACUGACUUUCUUAGUAAAAUAAAACAUACCUUAUAUCACAGAGGUCCUCUGUAUAGUCUGAUAAAUAACCUUCUGUUGUUUUGUUCUUCGGCAUGGGUUUUUUCUGCCGUUUGUGCACAACCCCCUCGCAGAGUUCUGCGAUGACAAAACGUAACGUACUAUGCAGACGCCUUAAGGCAUUGGGAUUUUCUCACAACCGAAAACCUUGCUGCUAGACAAAUGUCUAUCGUGCCGGCAAGGCUAUACAGACCAAUAACCCCGACUGAUUGUUCCAUGUACUCAUUUACAAUAUAUACACACUUAAGUAGUUAACAUGGACACCUUUUAAAUUUCAAAAUAGGUAUAUUUGAAGACAGUUAACACGGGAAAAUGCAUUUCAGAAAACGAUGGCGUGAACAUCCCUAGUGGAGAAUCUUCCACGUUAACUGUGCUGCGGUGUCAUAUAGAUGGGUGUUACUCCAGUCCUUGGAUGGAAUGUACCAAUGAACUUGAGGAGGAGACGCACUGAAUGGGAAACUAUUGCACCAAUGGCCCAUUAUGCUUAAGGCUCCGUCUUGUUUGAAAAUGUGAGAACUGACAACUUUUUUUUAUUUUUUAUAAUAAUUUUUAAAUGAAGUUAAGUCGCACACCGCAAAUAAUAUCUUACACCAUCUCCUCUGACGUAACAUAGGCUCUGGUCCAGUACUUUUCUUUCUUUUACCAAGACAAUUAUUGUAACCUGGGUCUCGUUCAUUAGGCACCAAAUGGAAUGAAACUGGGAGGAACUAUGAACUUCUCAAAUAAGAAAGACCCGUUUCUCGUUGAAAAACAUUUUCCACUGUGUGCCCUAAUGAACACGCCCCUGGUAUCCCAUGCUAUUGUUCUGUUUGUAUGAGGCUUGAUAUCUAGGAGCAAUGACGCUAUCAUUAAGUCUGUGCUGCCCGCUGCCCUAAUGCUGGCCGCUGGUAGCAGAGGUCCUUUCAACUCAUAAUGUGGAAUAGUGUAAAUUGACUGGAAAAUUAAGGAAAGGGGAAAUUAAAUAACUUACAAUGUCAA